AUGAUCAAGCUUCAAAAUAAAGCAUUUUCCAAAGAACAACUUGACGAUAUCGCCUUAAAUCUGUCCAAAGAUACCGGACCAAGUAUUAAAAGUUUAAAUUUGUUCUUGAUUAAUCCACAUAAAAGCGUUUUAGGUAUUGGCAAUUAUGAUAUUAAUGUUUUGGAAGUAGCUUUACAACAAUAUGGUUUGGAAAUUCAAUGGUUUGAUUCUAGAAAAGAUAUUCGAACAGUCAUUCAAUUUACGGAUCCAACUCUUUUUGGAAUUAUUUUAAACAUUCAGUCUUCUCGUCUCGUUUUCUGGUCGUCUAAUCAUUGGAUCGCUGUUAAACCGUUCUUUAGUGAUGAUGGUAAAAUACCCGAGAUUUAUAAUUUGGACUCUAAAUUAUCUAAACCUUCGAAGUAUGACAACAUAGAGCAG